AUGGGUAAAAGUAGUAAAAAGAAGAAGGAGAAAAUGAAAGACUUUGUUAAACCAAAGUUAAAAGUUGGCCGUAAAUUGCAAAAACAGAAUGCAACUCAAACUAGUUUUAAAACAUUAACCAUUGCUUUACCUAAUCAACACCAAGCUAGUCAUGAAGAGCCGCUGAGCCAAAGGAAGCAACCUUUGCAAGUUCUUCUCUCUCAGCUGAGGCAUUACAAUGCAAAUGUAAGGCAUGACGCCCUUGCUGGUAUCAAGGAUAUUCUGUCCUCUCAUGUAGAGUAUGCCAUCUCUAAUCUGAGCCCUAUCUUGGGCAAAAUUACCGAAUGCAUGACUGAUAUCGAUGCUCGAGUUAGACAUGAAUUGUUUAUCAUAUUGAAACACCUUUUAUGUCAGCUCUCGUUAUCAACAUUGCAACCAUUUUUCGCUUCAAUGGUUGCUCGUCUAUGUUGUGGUUUAACGCAUAUUGAUUACAAUAUUCGGAUAGAUACUCUCAAAAUAUUAGAUAUCUUAUUAGAUCAUUUUCCAGGUUUAGUAGCUCGUCAUUCAAGAGAUUUAUUACCUAUUAUUGUCGAUAUUAUUUCUCAGCAGUGUAAUACAACUAGCGCUCAAGGGCUAGCUAAUACGCCAAACUCCCAAAGUAACGCACUCAGCCAAGCUAAGAGAGAGACCAAACAGCCAUCCCGGGCUCUAACAGUUAGAUUAAGGGGCAAGCUAAAUAUUCAUGAAAUUCGUCACAAGGUGCUGCAUCGCUUACGACGAUUUCUUACAUCACUUUAUCGAGAGAGUUAUACUGAUAGCAAGAUCGAGGAUAAUGGAGCAAAAGAAUAUGAUCGUAUUGAGCAGAAAUCAUAUGUCAAAUUCAAUUAUCAUACGUAUUCUCAGCAAGCCACUAUCAAGUUUAACAGUCCUCCUGAUUUUAGUACAGUUUUUGUAGCUCGUGAUGAAUUCAAGCAGUUUAUUGAUACCAUCAUGCCCCUCCUGACGAAUAUAUGGUUAGAAUGUAAUCCCUCUAAAUUAAUACGCAAAGAUACAGAUGGAGAUAAACUGCUGGAAAUAUUGAUAUCUUUAAUGGAAGAAGUAUUAUUGGUAAUGCAAUUGUUAUGCCAGGUAUCUCGCGAACAACACGAACAAUUCGGUAGGACAGGAGAAAAUGGGUCUUAUUCUAGUGUUACUCUGGAAAAGUAUUUUAAUGAUAUUGAGCAAAAUAUCUUUGGUCUUUUUCCAUUAACGGCGAUUGAAGUUAAAAAAGGGAGAAAAUUAUCUACUUGCGAACAUAUAGUCAGUUUUGCAAUCAAAGCUUUGAAAUCACGAGUAUUACGUAAUGCUCACGGGUUAAUAGCCAUUGCCGGCAAUCUCUUGAAAUCAUUAUCAAACAGAUCUACUAAUUUAGGCAAAGGGAAAGCAUACGUGAUCGAUAUCGUUGAAGCUAUACGUCAUUAUUAUGGAAAUAGCCAUGAACAUUCAAAUUCUAAAAUUCAAUGUUUAAAACUCUUACAAGGUUUGCUCGAUGAAGAGCAAAAAAAUAUCGUUUGUGGCGCAGGCAGGCCUUCACAACCAAACUCUGCUGAUGCGUUUGAACGAAUUGUUGAUAGAGUAUUUCGGUUUAAUAGUGAAAAUACACCUUCGACUGCUACCGCGGUCAAUUACUUCAGUUUUUUAAUAUCCAUUGUAUCGGAUAGAGACGUGGUGGAUUUCUUGUCAAUUAUUUUUCCUUAUUAUUUAAAAAGUUAUAGGUUUACUCCGAUACUAUAUUGGAAUCGAGAGUCCUUUAUCUGCGAUGAUUCAGAGCUAUCCGAGAAAGAAUUUUGGGAAAGACAUUGCUUGAUAUUAGAGCACACAGCAUGGCAGCUAAGACGUUUACAUCAACAUAAAGAUUACAUCGCAAUAUUCAAUAGGGCCCUACUCGAAUUACUGAAUUCACAUCCUUAUUUCCCUAUCCAAACCGCUAUGGGUAUGCUGAAAUGUUUGGAAAGUUUAAAGACUGUAUCGAUCGAUCAGGAAAAUUCCUUCAAUGACGUAACCCUAUGGGCAAAACUUAUGUUCUCAUCAGUGUAUGCAGUUUCGAAUUACGAUACAGAACUGGAAUUAAUUUGGCAGCCAGCUUUACUGGAUCUUUGCAUUACAAUUUUGCGGGAUCCGUCUUUUAUGACCCAGUUUUUAAAGGUUUCGCUAAGUUAUAUACAAGAAUCAGAUGUAAAUGAAGUAUUCGCGAUAUCCAAAGUCUAUCAACGCUUGCUAGGAGUUUUCGAUCUUCACGAUAGUUUAAUUUUAAACCGGCAGCUACUCAAGGAUCUUCUAACCGCAAUGAAGGCUGUUCCUGGCGAAGAUAAAAUGUCGUAUGUUCUGACAAAGUUAGACUACGAUAUUUCUCUUAUAACCGCAAAAAGUUGA